CCAAAAUGCCAAAGCAAACCGAUUUGGAUCUGAAACCGAACUAGGACUCUGCGGUUUGGUUGUCGUUGUUGCUCUGCUAAUAAAUAAAGCAUUUGGUCGGCAGUUCUUUUGAAAGUCAACCUGAACGACCGGAUUUCCACUUUGCUGAAGAAGUUGCGAGCAGCAUGGAGGAAAAUGCUCGCGGAGACCCCGAGCAGGAGUCCAUCCUGCGGGCCAUCCCGCCUCUUAUCGUGCCGGCUGGCCACCAGCAGUGCCACAGGGUCACCAACUUCUACAUCGACAACAUUUUAAGACCGGAUUUUGGUCGAAAGCGAAAAAGCGGGACUCCGAUCCGAGAGGGACUCGCGAGAAGAGAGCCCAAAAUCGCCAAGCCUGAUGUUGGCGCGCGAGCGGCCGCAUCAUCCGACGGCAAGCAUCCCCGCGAGACGGAACCGACCGGCGCGGAGGAGACCGGGAAGGCCGGCUCGGCGUCCGAGGGGGGCAAGCGGAUGCUGUGGCCCGCCUGGGUUUAUUGUACCCGCUACUCGGACCGUCCGUCGGCAGGGCCCAGAUCCCGUAAGCCAAAGAGGGCUCGGACCCCGACCAAAGACGACAAGCGACCCCGGACGGCCUUCACCGUCGAGCAGCUCCACAGACUAAAGAGCGAGUUUCAGACUAACCGCUACCUGACCGAGCGGCGGAGGCUGGACCUGGCCCGGGAACUCGGCCUCAACGAAUCUCAGAUCAAAAUCUGGUUUCAGAACAAAAGGGCCAAAAUGAAAAAGGCCACGGGGAAUCAAAACUCGCUGGCGCUGCAUCUGAUGGCGCAGGGGCUGUACAACCACGCGUCGUCCAAGGACGCCAAGUCGGACAGCGACUAGCCGAGGCCGAGGCCGAGGCGAGCCGAGGCCGA